UGCUUGAUUGGUUACCAAUUUGUCAAAGUUUAGGAAGCUUAGAAUUUAUUAAUUCAAAAAGUUUGGUACCUAAUGUUUUGGACCUACUUAGAUUAGAACCACUUACUAUUCUUAGGUCCAUAACAUCCAGUAUCGGCAGAAACUUUAGAAUCAUUAAUUUUAGCCAGUCACCAAAAAUACUUUUUGGUUGGCCUGAAAAUUGUAGACAAGAAGGUUAUGCACAAGUAUUAAAUUCUAUCUCGAUGAAUUGUCCCAAUCUUGCACGACUUGGAGUCAUGAUUGGACCAAAUACAAUUGGAGAAUUAUUUGGAAUUUUAACUAAUUGCAAAAAAUUAAAAACAUAUAUUUAUGGUAAUGGAAUAUAUUUUGAUGUUACCAGAGAUUGA